CCUGGAUCAACAACCUCAACAAGCAUUUGGCUGGCUGGUGAACAAAGUGGUUUAGCCCGGGUUAUCAGAGCUUGCUGGGUAAAUUUUCAUAGCUCAAACAAUGGCAGGAGAAUAUGCUGAACCCGAAAAACUUCGAUCAACUCAUCUCAAAAGGAAGUGGAUUGCAUUACAUUCAUGCACCUCCACAUUCAUCCGCUACCGUAAAGAUUUUUGCUCUGUUUUUCGCUCUGCGCCCUUCACAUGUUCGACAAAAUGCCUGACUGAACCUCUUCUCAUGUCUCCCUCAUGGCGUCUCACCCCGACCGGGGCCUCAUUGUCUUCUCUCAAUUUUUGACCAUGUGAGUGACUUUUAAAGUUCUUACAAAGUGUUUGAUGAGCAUUUGUGGAUUUUCAUAACCAGCUCUUUAGGUAACUUUCUCUUCCCCCCAUUGUGUUAGCCGCAUGCCCCGCCCUUUGUCUGCUGCUGCAUUACAAACAUUACUAUAAUAUUGGAAUGGUAGUAGCAAUGUUUGCUCAUUGUAAGCCUAGAUUCAUGGCUAUAGCUAUUAACAAAGCCACCAUUUAAAAGGGGGUAGCCACUUUUUAUUUCCAUGCACAUUCUUCUUCAUGGGUGGAGACAAAACAUGGGUCGAGAAUAUUUAGGUUUGAAUUUAGCUUAUUCUUUUUUCACCCACAUGAUUAUUCAUCUGAUUCAUCUUAAAUUAUGUUGGGUUUAGGAGAGCCCAAUUAUUGGGGAGGCAGGGUGGCAUUGGUAUCAUUAUGGCCUGCAACUAUGCCAACAUGUUCAAUACUUUAUUAUUGUAUAUUGUUGUCAGAGCUUGAUGUUGGCCAAUUGGUGGAGCAUUUUAUUAAAAAAUUUGACAUAGAUGCUCAGUUUGUAGGCUGAAACUGUUACAAGAGAAUCAAACAGAGCUGAGCCUUUGGUCUAUAACGCUGUGACUUUGACAUGCAUGCAUAGAGACUUUGUUAGCUUCUCUUUUCCAUAUAAAUUGGCUGUUAUGUUGGUUGGUUUUGCUCAAGCCAUUCAAUUCUCUUGUGAGUUUCAGCAAUUUACAAACCAAGGAUGGUGAUCUCAUCGAUAUUCACCGACGCCCACCAGCCUGUUAGAUCGGUUAGCUUGCCUGCGAGGGUGGAGCUCGAGCCAGAACCAUUGCUGGAGAGCCUAAAAUCCUUUCAAGUUUCGUCUUCCAAUGCGAAAACGACUCCUUUUGGACUCGAAGGGAUCCGAGCUGCAUUGGUUGGGCUAGCAGAGUUGUAUAACUCUGUUGGAGAGCUUGUUCAGUCUUCUUCCACCCAGCAAGCUCUUGUUCACUAUAAGGAGGGGAAGCUUGUGGAAGAGGCUUUAACUGAGUCUGUUAUAUUGAUAGAUUCUUGUUGCUCUGCAAGAGACAUAAUCCUUACGAUGAAACAAAAUAUACAAUCCCUUCAAUCGGCUUUACGUCGAAAAGUAGCAGAUUCGAGCAUCGAAAGCCAUGUUCGUGCCUACUUCAGCUUCCGAAGGAAAGCGAAGAAAGACAUCGGAAGCUUCCUCGGUUCAUUGAAGCAAAUGCAAAGUAAUAGAACAACAAGCUUCCCUUUAUUGGAUCUACCAAACCAUGAUUUGUUGCCUCUUAUCAGACUGCUAAGAGAAGCAAGAACCAUCAGCAUCUCCAUCUUUGGAGAGCUUCUAGCGUUCCUAUCAACGUCGGUGACGAAGGGGAAGGCUAGCGGGUGGUCAUUGGUCUCACAAUUGAUGCCAACGAUCAGGUCGAGAUCGGGUAAAGGACGGAAAAUAGUAAAUGAAUUGGAGAGUGUGGAUAUUGGUCUCCAUUCUCUCCUUGGCCAUGGGAGAGAAAACGAAAGCAAUGAUAAAAAAGCUGAAGUUCAAAUGGCACAAAGAAGGCUUAGAACAUUGGCGUCAAGUUUUGAAGGAAUAGAGAGUGAAUUGGAUUGCAUGUUCAGAUGUUUAGUUAAACACAGAGUGUGUUUCCUUAACAUGUUAGUUCAUUGAAUUGUUUGAGAUCUCAAACAUUCCAAACUCUUGUACAUUUUAGCCACUUUGUGCUCACAAUUUUAUCUAAGAUAAAUAUAACCCGUCAUUCUUUGA